AGCUCCCUGAAGACUGCAGAGGGAGGUGGGAGAGUUUUGUAGAAGAGACGCUGACGGAAACGAACAGGAGGAACACAGUGGAUUUGGUGAGCACUCACCAUCUGCACUCAUCCAGCGAGGACGAGGACAUUGAGAGCGCGUUCCCCAACGAGCUUUCUCUCCAACAGGCCUUCUCCGAGUACCAGAUCCAGCAGAUGACAGCGAACUUUGUGGAUCAGUUCGGCUUUAACGAUGAGGAGUUUGCAGACCAGGAUGAUAAUAUCAACGCUCCCUUUGACAGGAUCGCGGAGAUAAACUUCAAUAUAGAUGCCGAUGAUGACAGCCCCAACGCUUCCCUCUUUGAAGCCUGCUGCAACGAGCGGAUCCAGCAAUUUGAUGAUAACGAGGAGGAAGAGGAUAUCUGGGAAGAGAAGGAGAUAACCUAUGCAACCCAAGUUAAAUCAAGAACACGAUUUGGAGCAUCUCAGACCUCGGAGAGUUCAUCGAAAAGCGAUCUUGAGAACGGAGAUCACGAUGGCAGCGUGGACUCCGAGGAAGAGGAGGAAACGGAGCAGCAGCCGCCUUCUUCCUCGGCAAACAACAACAAGAGUAAUGUUUCUGAGCGGAAGGACUCUGACGCCUCUGAAGGGUCGGGAUGGACGGCCGUGUUCGAACCGGUGAGCUCGAAGCCCCCCACGCCCUGCGUGGCCAUGGACGUGGGGUCGAGCGUGUGGGACUCGGCAGCCCCGGAGAACGCCGCGCCGGAGGAGAAGGGAUGGGCGAAGUUCACGGACUUCCAGCCUUUCUGUUGCUCGGAGUCGGGUCCGCGGUGCAGUUCUCCCGUCGACACGGAAAGCACCAAUUCCGAUGGAAACACCAAGCAGAGUCAGGACAAGAACUUCAGCGCUUCCUCUCCCUGCGUUUGGAACGUCUGCGUCACGAGGAAAGCGCCGCUGGUGGCCUCGGACAGCAGCUCCUCCGGAGGCUCCGACAGCGACGAGGAGGAGGAUAAAGCAGAUACCGUCACGGAAACCAUCAGCACGGGCUCGGGCCAGGAAACCGUCAAGCUGACGAUGGAUGCUAAAAACGAGAAGGCUGUUUUCACCAG